AUGUUGGUGUCCUGGGACCUCUUGAAGAUGCUGCCCAGGCUUCUUGUCUUCUUGUCUGCUCUGAGUCUCAUGGCCUGUGGUAAUCUUACCAUAAUUUCCCGAAAAGAAUGGGGAGCAAGUUCACUCACCUGCAGAGUCCCGUUGAGCCUGCCUGUGCCCUAUCUCAUCAUAGAGCAUGUUACCAGGAUGCAAUGCCAUGAUCAGAUCACCUGCAGCCAGGUGGUACGGGUCCUACAGUCCCAUUAUAUCCACAAUAAAGGCUGGUGUGACGUGGCCUUCAACUUUCUAGUUGGGAAUGAUGGCAAUGUGUAUGAAGGUGUCGGGUGGCAUGUCCAAGGCUUGCACACUCAAGGCUACAAUAAUGUUUCCCUGGGCAUUGCCUUCUUCGGAAGCAAGAUAGGAAGCAGACCCAGUCCUGCUGCUUUAUCAGCUACAGAGGACUUGAUCUUCUUUGCCAUCCAAAAUGACUACCUGUCACCCAAGUACUUUCAGCCAUUUCUCUUAAAGGAAGAGACCUGUUUGGUUCCGCAGCACUCAGAGACACCCAAAAAAGCAUGCCCCAAUAUCACACCACGGUCUGUUUGGGAAGCCAGAGAGACACACUGCCCUCAAAUGAACCUUCCAGCCAAAUUUGUCAUCAUCAUCCACACUGCUGGGGGAAGCUGCAAUGAGUCUGCGGAGUGCUUGGUUCGUGUGAGAGACAUACAGUCCUUUCACAUAGACAAACAAGAUUUCUGUGACAUUGCAUAUCACUUUCUAGUGGGCCAAGAUGGUGGAGUAUAUGAAGGAGUUGGCUGGAAUAUUGAAGGUUCUCAUACCUAUGGAUACAAUGAUAUUGCUCUAGGAAUUGCCUUCAUAGGAAACUUUGUAGAAAAGCCUCCAAAUGAAGCUUCACUGGAGGCGGCCCAGAGCCUGAUCCAGUGUGCUGUGGCCAAAGGAUACCUGACCUCCAACUACCUGCUUAUGGGCCACAGUGAUGUGUCCAACAUCCUGUCCCCUGGACAGGCAUUAUACAACAUCAUCAAGACGUGGCCUCACUUCAAGCACUGA